AUGUCUCUUGCAGAUUCGGGAUCUCGCUUGUACUCCCCUUUGCACGGGUCGUGCGAGCUGGGCUGGUUCAGCUGCGGCGAGAACGGGACCCACUGCAUCGAGCAGCGCUUCCUGUGCAACCAGGAGGAGGAAUGCCCCGACGGCGAGGACGAAGUGGGAUGCGUGGACGACAAGGGGGACAACCAGGUGGUGAAGAAGAUCCUGAGCAAGGCGGUGUUCCCCUGGCAGGACCGCCACCGAUGCAGUCUGACCAAAUACCCGGGCGCGUGUGUCUGCAGGAAAUUGACGAUGCUCCACUGCCCUGGCAUUGGCAUCUUGGAAAUCCCACAAGACAUCGACCCGACUGUCACGGCCCUCCUCCUUCAGAACAACUCGGUCGGCCUCAGAAGGAACUGCCUCGCGCGCUACCCUCGCCUCACCCUCCUCCACCUGGAAAGCAACAACCUCACCCAGCUGCCAGACGGUGCUUUCCUCGGCCUCAACCACCUGCGACGCCUGUUUCUGAUGAACAACGCUCUGAGGGAGUUGACCCCGGAUGCCCUCGAAGGCCUGACCUCGCUGGUGGACCUUGACCUGACCACGAACCUCGUCUCGGACUUCGAUUCGCUCAUGAGUCAUCUGCCGAAGCUCGAGUCGCUCUGGCUCAAUCACAACCAAGUUACUUUGGAGGGGCGAUCCGUGAGUCCGAGAUCAAGGCAUCUGCUCGAGUUGUCACUGGAGAACAACUUGAUCAAGAAGCUAACGAAAGAUUCCCUCAGAGGUCUCACCGGCCUCACGUCGCUGUACCUCCGGCAUAACCAGAUCAGGAGCAUCGACAGCGGGACCUUCCUACAGCAACGCCGCUUGCUGGAUCUAGAGCUGAACUACAACUUCCUGAGUCACUUGGCGGACGAGAUGUUCACCGGCCUCAAGUCCCUCGUUAGCCUGAACCUGGAUGGCAACCCGCUGCAGAUUCUAGAAGUUGCCACACUCUCGGCUCUACCCAGUCUGGCGUCACUACGCCUGACGGGGAUGGACCUUCAGGAGCAGCUCUUGGUCAACAUCUCCAGCGGCCUCGGGCUUCAGACGGCGCCGAACCUCUCCCACAUAUACACGUUAAGAUUCCGCUACUGUGGUCAUUUCCCGACCGUGCCUGACUGCCACCCUAAGACAGACGGUGUAUCGUCCUUCGAACACUUGCUCGUAAGGGUGGAACUUCGCGUGGCUGUGUGGCUUGUGGCGUUCCUCACCCUGCUGGGCAACGUGACGGUGCUCGGAGGCAGAGGGCUGGCCAGGGGCGACAACAAGCUCCUCUCUCUGUUUAUAAGGAAUCUUGCUGUCGCUGAUCUCCUGACGGGGCUGUACCUCCUGGUGGUGGCGGUGAAGGACCAGGAGUUCAGGGCAGAGUACCACGAACACGCCUAUUACUGGAUGACGUCAUGGGAGUGUACAAUCACGGGAGUUCUUGCAAUGACUUCAGCUGAGGUGUCCGUGCUGGUGCUGGCCUUCAUGUCCGUGGAGCGGUGGAUGUGCAUCGCGUGGCCGCUCCGGAGUCCGCGCCUGUCCCUGCGCAGCGCCAGGAGCGUCCUCGCCGGCAUCUGGGCGCUCGGCCUGCUGCUGGCUCUCGCGCCGGUGAUGUACUACCGCAGCAAGCAGGGCUUCUACGGGACGAACGGCCUGUGCUUUCCUCUCCACCUGGACGAUCCGUGGGUGCCCGGCUGGCUCUACUCGGCGCUGGUCUUCGUCGGCAUCAACCAAGUGGGCGUGGUCCUGAUCCUGCUCGCGUACACGGGGAUGUUCCUGAGCAUCCGGCUGACCCGCGGCUCGACGCCCCUCAACCAGGGCGACCGCGAGUUCGCUCUCCGCUUCUUCUUCAUCGUCUUCACCGACUGCCUCUGCUGGACGCCCAUCAUCGUGCUGCGCGUCCUUGCCCUCGCAGGGGUCGCCAUCAGCCCCAAGCUCUACGCCUACGUGGUGGUGGUUCUCCUGCCCAUCAACUCGGCCAUCAACCCUUUCCUGUACACGUUCACGACCGCCAAGUUCCGCACGCAGGCCAGGCGUCUUCUGUCACGGCGCGGCUGCUGCCCUCUGCCGGCCAAGAGGGAUGUUGGUGAGUUGCCGCUUCGGAGUUUUGGGGGAGUCAGAGGCGACGCGGACUUCGUUCUUGAGGAAUGGCCGAGACCUGGUGUUGCUGCACACAGGCCAGCAGUCCACGGAGAGGGAGGAGCAGGUCAAGGAGCAGCCUCGAGCCGUCACCAGCCUGUAGGAGAGCAGGACGUCGAGGUCACGAGCUCGGAGUUUUGA